AUGUGUGGAAGUGGAAGCAUUUGCCGGGAAGCUGCCGAGACCCCGCAGCUGAAACGUAAGUGCUCGAGGAGCACUACCAUACUGCUUGGUGUGCUGUUAGCCGUUGGAACAGCUCGGGCCGAUAUUUCGACGCUCCUGCGCGGAGGUUACUCGGGCAACAAUAUCCUGCAGGACGAUGGAUACCAUUACGACAAACCAAAAGUACCGUUUGAGGAGCCAACCACACCGCGCAAGUGCGCGGUAACGGAUCAAAACCCGGACGGAAGCUGUGGUUAUGAUUAUCCAAAGCCAGAUCAAUCCUUUAAUCUGCCCAAUGAGUAUCUUCCACCAACGACAACGACGACUCGUAGGACAACAACCACCACACGUCCAACGACGACCACAACGAGAAGAACGACAACGACGACGCGUCCGACUACAACGGUAACGCUAAUUUCAAUUGUAUCUCUUGCCCUUUUUUUGCAGACUACUCGUCGUACUACUCCUGUGCAGGAGUAUCUCCCGCCGAGCACAACCCGUCGGACAACAAUAACUACCCGUCCCACGACUACGACCACUCGUCGCACAACAACCACCACCAGACCUACAACGACAACGCGGAGAACAACUACGCCGCGAGUCGUAACUACGACCAAGUGCCCACUGUCCGCCCAGAAUCCUGAUGGCAGCUGUGGAUAUGAUUAUCCGCGACCGGAUCAGUCAUUCACACUGCCGAACCGUGUGUCCACAACGACCACCACUCGUAGGACAACGCCACCACAAGAAUAUCUUCCUCCUACGACCACAACGAGACGUACAACGACUACCACUCGUCCCACAACAACGACUACUCGCAGAACUACUACGACGACGCGUCCAACAACCACAACAACGAGACGCCCCACUACGACGACCACCAAGUGUCCACCAUCGGCCCAAAACCCUGACGGAAGCUGUGGCUACGACUAUCCGAAGCCAGAUCAGUCCUUCACCCUUCCGAAUCGUGUUUCCACCACUACGCCAAGACCAACGACAACAACCCGUAGGACGACAACCACCACAAGGCCAACAACGACGACCACGCGUCGUACGACCACCACCACCAGGCCAACAACGCGAACAACGCAACGGAUCGUGACGACGACCAAGUGUGCUCCUUCCGCCCAGAAUCCGGACGGAAGCUGCGGUUACGAUUAUCCCAAACCCGAUCAAUCUUUCACGCUGCCGAAUCGGGUAUCCACUACAACGCCCCGCCAGACGACGACUACUCGUCGUACAACAACAACUCGUAGAACAACGCCAUCUCAGGAAUAUCUACCUCCUACGACAACUACCAGGCGAACAACGACACGGCCCACAACAACCACAACUCGCCGCACAACCACCACCACACGUCCCACGACAACAACCCGUCGAACAACUACGCCACGGAUUGUGACAACCACAAAAUGUGCUCCUUCCGCUCAGAAUCCUGAUGGCAGCUGUGGCUAUGACUAUCCCAAACCAGAUCAAUCAUUCACACUGCCAAACCGUGUGUCCACAACGACCACCACUCGUAGGACAACGCCACCACAAGAAUAUCUUCCUCCUACGACCACAACGAGACGUACAACGACUACCACUCGUCCCACGACAACGACAACUCGUCGCACUACAACAACAACACGUCCAACAACGACAACAACACGAAGAACAACAACGCGUCCCGUUGUAACGACGACAAAGUGCCCUCCUUCCGCUCAGAAUCCUGAUGGAAGCUGUGGCUAUGAUUAUCCCAAACCGGAUCAAUCAUUUACGCUGCCCAACAGAGUUUCUACAACUACAACACCGCGGCCAACAACGACGACCACCCGUCGUACGACGACUACAAUACGAAGAACCACACCGGCACAAGAAUAUCUGCCCCCGACAACGACCACACGCCGAACGACGACUACAACACGUCCAACCACUACGACAACAAGAAGAACGACAACUACAACGCGCCCAACGACUAGAACGACACAGCGCAUCGUAACGACCACGAAGUGUGCUCCAUCUGAUCGGAAUCCCGAUGGUAGCUGUGGAUAUGAUUACCCGAAACCGGAUCAAUCUUUCACGCUGCCUAAUCGUGUAUCGACAACAACAACACCCAGGCCAACCACCACUACCCGUCGUACUACAACGACAACACGAAGAACCACACCUGCCCAGGAAUAUCUUCCACCGAGUACAACAACUCGACGUACGACAACGACAACCAGGCCAACAACUACCACGCGGCGUACAACAACUACUACUCGUCCAACGACAACGACCACCAGAAGGACAACAACUACAACAAGGCCCACGACAAGGACGACGCAAAGAAUCGUAACCACAACGAAGUGUCCACUGUCGCAACAGAAUCCCGAUGGAAGCUGUGGAUAUGAUUAUCCGAGACCGGAUCAAUCAUUUACCUUGCCCAAUCGAGUGUCCACCACUACCACCAGACGGCCAACUACGACAACUCGACUUACCACGACAACUACUCGUCGCACAACUCCGGCACAGGAGUAUCUACCUCCGACGACUACUACUCGUCGUCCAACAACAACGACGACUCGCCCAACAACUACGACCACACGCCGGACAACCACCACUACAAGGCCCACCACCACCACCACCAGGUUGACGACUACUACACGUAGAACGACAACGAGACCUCCAGUAGUAACCACAAAGUGUCCACUGUCGCAACAGAAUCCCGAUGGAAGCUGUGGAUACGACUAUCCGCGACCAGAUCAGUCGUUUACGUUGCCAAACCGUGUAUCUACAACCACGCCACGAGCAACAACGACUACACGUCGGACGACUCCUGCUCAGGAAUAUCUACCACCAACAACUACAACUACUACCCGUAGGCCAACAACGACCACAACGACACGCCGUACAACAACCACUACUCGUCCUACGACAACGACCACACGGAGAACCACACCAGCAGUGGAGUACCUACCGCCAACCACUACGACGCGGCGUACAACAACUACCACACGUCCAACGACAACAACCACACGCCGCACAACCACAACCACCAGGCCAACUACGACUACGCGCGUAGUGACAACGACCAAAUGUCCGCUGUCCCAACAAAAUCCCGAUGGAAGCUGCGGUUACGAUUAUCCCAAACCGGAUGAAUCUUUCACGCUACCGAACCGUGUCUCAACAACCACUACACCGAGACCAACGACGACAACAAGACGCACAACGACCACAACAAGAACAACUACAACACGCCGUACGACACCGCCCCAGGAAUACCUUCCACCAUCGACCACCACGAGACGAACAACAACUACCACACGACCCACCACUACGACGACGACGACACCUCGGCCAACAACGACAACGGUGAAGGGAUGCAGCGAAACGGAGCUCAAUCCGGACGGUACCUGCGGUUAUGAUUAUCCGAAGCCGCCCAACCCACUCACACUGCCACCAAAGAUUCCGACCACCACCGUCCGGACAACGCCCGCGCCCGAAUAUCUGCCACCGGAGGAAACGACCGGCUAUGCGUACCCCAAGCCAGCCAUACCGUUUAACUUCUAGGAACUCUACAUCAAUCUCUCCUGGUUUACUGAUCCUUUGUUGUUCUCCCCAUCCCACCAGAACCUAGUUGUUUCAUUGUCCUGUUUUCCUGAACAUUCCUACCUACCCCCGUGUUUAGUGUGUUUGUGUUUUUGGUGCGUAUGUGCUGUGUACAUCGGUAACGUCGUUUCGUCGCGUUUUCGCAUAAUUUAAGGCAUAGCUAGUAGAAAUAACGUCGUGUUCUAGACCACCCGGAAAGCAAUCUAAUCUUUUCUACUUAUUUUUUGUUUUGGAAAUUGUCUUUGUCCGUCCAAAUUUCUUGUUUUCCCCCCGUUCCCUGUUUGGUAACAAAAUGAUUUAUUUAGAUUACGGUAACGAGUGGAAUGAAGUCUGCAACGGAGGAAACAAGUGUGUAUGGAAAAUACUCAUCAAACAUUGAAUAAGUUAGUCAAAACGAACACUAUUCCCGUGUUGAGAGGCCAGUAGUAUGUAGAUCUUUCGCUCUUCUGAUUUUUUUUUCUCGCUAUAAUAAUGAAGAUGUGUUCGAGGAUCGUGCAGAAAAAUAGUACCCGAAUAGAAAUGAUAAUAAUGAAGCAGUGGAAUAAAGAAACCAC